AUGUGCCCAGUACCGAUGAUGAGCUGUCUCGAAGAGUGGGUUUUCGCAUCGUCCCAGUCUCUCGAGUUGCAUCGUAUCACGGUGGCCUCCCAACUCACACCGAGCUUACACUCACCCCCUCCGUCACGGUGCUUUACCGACUUUUGGGCAAUUAGGCGGAAUUUCUUUCGUCGCUGCGAACCUCCUCCUAUCUCGAUCGUCUCUCACCCAUGUAAAGGACUUUCGAUCUCAAAGCUUUUGCGCGCUGGGUUCGACGUAAACCCAAAAGGAUCAUGUCGACCCAGGAGAACAAGCUUGAACGCAAGUACGGCGGUGCAUAUUGACAACGGCUUUUCCCUUGCCCAAGCCCCCAAAGGUAACAUACAUUCAUGUCUGUGUCCAGGGUAG